AGUGAAACAUUGAAACGGCUAUGGUCCACUGGUGAACAAGAUCGGCCCAAACGGCAAAUCUCGAAACAUUUUUUUUUUUCCCGAGAGGUUUGGUUAUUUAUUUUAAAGAUCUUCUUUUCAUACUUUUUGUAGUUAGUUUAGAUAAACGAUAGUAAAUGAUGGCUUCAUCUGCUCUUAACUAAGACCAAAGCCAACUAUUUUCUGUUUUUGGGAAAAUCUGACCAAAACCAUGUCGUCUUAUUCUUAUCUUCCAACCUUGAGAGAAUUCUGCAUUCCUCAAUUGUAACCCAUGAGAGAUGAACUUCAAAAACUUCAGAGGACCGGUUUGGAUCUAUUUUAUUUUUUGUUUAAAUCGAGAAAAUUUGGGUUUUGUGGAUCUUGAAAAUUGGAAGUAUUGGUAUCUUCUGGAUUAUAUUAAUUAAUUGAGAGGAUUUUGUUUAUACUACGUCUCGAUCAGAAUGGGUUUGUUUUUUGAUUGAUUCUCAUUGGACCCUUAUUUGGUUGCUGGGGAGGAAAAACAUGAAAUUGAAUGUCCUGGGAAUGGACGUGGAGAUUAUUUCUGGGCUAGUUGAGAUGAAUUGUUUAUGCAUGAAACUUUGAGUUCAUCUGUACCAGAGUUCUCUCACUUGGACUUCACUUUGAGGGAUCUAGAAGUGAGGAAGCUGUUAUCCAUUUUGAGAAAAAGAAAAAAGAAAAUGGGACAGAUGUCGAUUUGUUAGUGGCUGUGGUCAGCCUACCCUGACCAGGGUUGGUCAGCGAAGUUCCUUCCGCAAAUAAAGCACAGGCUUAAGUCAACUUGUAGGAAGUGGGAAUCUCGAGGUCGUUAUAGUCAAUACUGCAAAGACUUUGAAGUUUGAACAGUAGCUCCGUAGACUAUAGUAGCCACCACGAGCUCCAAAGACUAUUGCAAAACCAGUCAUUUGAUUCCGCAGAGGCUCUUGCCCCGGUGCACUCGUCAGAUUUUACUUGCACCGUACGUAUUGUACAUCUAGGAGUUGCGACAAUGGAGGUUCAAAUUUCACGGAUACAGAGUGGUGAUUUAGAAGAAAAUGCUCCCGGAAGUGUAUCUUCAGGGGAAUCUUUGACGGCAGGGUACUUCAAUAGAGUUUUGGGACCUAGAUCUUUUGAAAGGGUAAUGAGUACCAAAGGAGUAAAAUCUCAUUGUGGAGUAUUGGUUGACAAGCUAAAGCUAAUCAGGAAGAAUAGAAUACUUUUUUGGUCUCUUAGCGCGCUCUUACUGGAUCCGCUUUUCUGUUAUAUCCUUGUCAUGAGUGAUGAGAAGAAGUGCAUUAGAUUGGACAGAAUAUUGGGGAUUAUAGCUACUGUUUUGCGAUCCCUCAGUGACCUCUACUACAUAUUUCAUAUCAUCAAUCAUUUCGAUGCUACAUUUGUUACUCGUUCAGUUGCAGUGGACAUACUUGUAGUUCUUCCACUUCCGCAGGUGCUAGUUUUUGCUGUAGUUCCCAAUCUAAAUGACUCCAGAAUCUACAGUGCUGCAAAGUCCUUGAACUUUUUAUUUAUAAUUCAGUAUGUGCUGAGGGUUCUUCGAACCUGCUCCUUGUUAACACUCAUUAUAAGGGCUUCUGGCAUCCUUGCUGAAUCUGCAUGGGCUAAUCUCUCUUUCUUUAUGCUGGCGAGUCAUGUCCUUGGAGCCUUUUGGUAUUUGUUUUCUAUAGAAAGGAAAGCAACUUGCUGGCUGGAAGCAUGUAAACGUCUCGGUGUUAAUUGUUCUUUGUACUGUGAUGACACCUUAAGAUCUAUCACACUUCUGAAUGAUUCUUGCUCUACAAAUUCUACACUUUUUGAUUUUGGAAUAUACUCUGAUGCCGUUGAAUCUGGAGUUGUUGAUUCAACUCAUUUUUUACAAAGGAUUUCUUACGGCUUUUGGUGGGGACUGCAAAAUCUCAGUUCUCUUGGUCAAAGCCUCAAAACAAGUAUCCAUAUCUGGGAAAUUUGUUUUGCAGUUUCUGUUUCAAUAUGUGGGUUGGUACUAUUUGCAUUUCUUAUUGGUAACAUGCAGACAUAUUUGCUAGCAAAAGUUGCAAGAUCAGAGGAUAUGAGAGCCAAGCAACAAGAAAUAGCAGUGUGGAUGUCUUUCCAUUCACUUCCGCGGAAUCUUAAAACUCGAAUUUGGCAGUCCCUGAAAUACAAGCUCAAGGAAAACACGGGAAUUGAUGUGGAAACUUUUCUUCACCUUCUUCCUCGUGAACUCAGUAAGGAUAUAAAGCGACAUAUUUGCUAUAAUCCACUCAGAGAAGUGUCUUUACUUCGAAAUAAGAAUGAGGAACUGUUGGACGCAAUCUGUGAACAUCUGAAGCCAGUGCUUUACAAAAAGAAUAGCAUCAUCUUUCAAGAGGGAGAGCCACUGGCUGAGAUGCUGUUUAUCACCCGUGGCAAGAUAGUGACUUACACCACCUCGGCCAUGGUAAGAUUUCUUGGAAAUGGUGACUGCUAUGGUGAAGAACUUCUCGAUUGGAUGCUGUGUUCUUACAGUGAAGAGAAUUUGAGUUCUACCAACAUAUACAACUUUCCCUUGUCAAGCAAAACUGUCAAAGCUCAAACUGAAGUUGAAGUCUUUGUUCUAAGGGUCCAUCAGUUAAAGCUUAUAGUGAAGAAAUUCUGGUUCUGUUUUAGUAAGGGGACAAGGCCACUGUCACUGUCUUGGGCUGCACGUACUUUGCAAGCAGCAUGGCGCCGCCACAGAAGGAGCCAACUGUUGAAGGAUGUUGUAUUCUAGUGCGCCUCUUCAAACUAGGGUUUAGUUCUAGAGUUAUAACAGAAGAAGGUUCUAGAUUUCCUAAUUGUAUUCAGAUUCUAUUACCUUGUAUGUACUAUGUAAAUCCCUAUAUAAAAGGCUCCUUGAUAAUUAGAACA